AUGAGAUGCUUCCAAACCAGCUCGCUUCUGCUCUGCGUGGUGGCUGCCACCGCCAUCCCCAUCGUGCCCUGGAAGGUCAAAUGCCCGCUGCAGUGCGUCUGCCAGAUCAGGCCGUGGUACACGCCCCGCUCGGUGUACAGGGAGGCUGCCACGGUGGACUGCAAUGACUUGUUCAUCUCCACCGUGCCAGAAGACCUGCCAGAGGGGACCCAGACCCUGCUCUUGCAAAGCAACAAUAUCGCCAGGCUGGAGCAGAGUGAGCUGGACUAUCUCAGAAACCUCUCGGAGCUGGACCUGUCGCAGAACAGCUUCUCCGAUGUCUGGGACUUUGGCCUGAAGAGCAUGCCCCAACUGCUCAGCCUGCACCUGGAGGAGAACCAGCUUUCUGAGCUGCCCGAUGGUAGCUUCCCUGGGCUGGGCAACCUGCAGGAGCUCUACCUGAACCACAACCAGCUCCGCAGAAUUGCUCCCCGCGCCUUCUCCGGCCUCAGCAGCCUGCUGCGCCUCCACCUCAACUCCAAUCUGCUGAGGAUGGUCGACAGCCGCUGGUUCCAGAUGCUCCCCAGCCUGGAGAUCCUCAUGAUCGGAGGAAACAGGGUGGAUGCUAUCUUGGAUAUGAAUUUCAGGCCCCUCUUGAACCUGCGGAGCUUGGUUUUGGCUGGGAUGAACUUGAGGGAGAUCUCAGACUAUGCACUGGAAGGGCUGCAGAGCCUGGAGAGCCUCUCUUUCUAUGACAACAAGCUCAUGAAUGUCCCCAAGCGGGCACUGCAGCAAGUUCCUGGCCUCAAGUUUCUGGAUCUGAACAAAAACCCGUUGCAGAGGGUCAGGCAAAGCGACUUCACAAACAUGCUGCACCUCAAAGAGCUGGGGCUCAACAACAUGGAGGAGCUGGUGUCCAUAGACCAGUUUGCCUUGAUCAACCUCCCCGAGCUGACCAAGCUAGAUGUGACCAACAACCCCAAGCUGUCCUUUAUCCACCCCAACGCCUUCCACCACCUUCCCCAACUGGAAACUCUCAUGCUCAACAACAAUGCCCUAAGUGCCUUGCAUAAGCAGACGGUCAAGUCCCUGCCCAACCUGCAGGAGAUCAGCAUCCACAGCAAUCCCAUCCGCUGCGACUGCAUCAUCCGCUGGGUCAACAGCACAGAAAACCACAUCCGCUUCAUUGAACCCCAGUCCACGCUGUGCGCAGAGCCUCCCGACCUCAAGAGGAGGCACAUUCGGGAUGUCCCCUUCCGGGAGAUGACGGACCGGUGCCUGCCUCUCAUCUCCACCAAGAGCUUCCCUUCCCACUUAGAGAUGGCGGAUGGUGACAAUGUCUCCUUGCAUUGCCGAGCUCUGGCAGAGCCGGAUCCAGAGAUCUACUGGGUCACCCCUUCAGGGGUGAAGCUGAUCCCCUACGCAGAAGAUGAGCGGUACAAGGUGCACCCUGAAGGGACGCUGGAGAUUCAUGGGAUCUCUGCUCAGGAGGCCGGGCUGUACACCUGCGUGGCUCACAACCUCCUUGGGGCAGACACCAAGAGCGUCAGUGUGAUGGUCAACCACUCCUUCCCGCUCAGCGAGGACAGCCUGGAGCUGGUGGUGGCAGAUGUCCAGGCUUACCACAUCCUGGUUGCCUGGAAGCCGCAUCUCAACACAGUCUCCUCUAACCUCACCUGGUCCAGCUUCUUGCUUAGCUCCAAUUUGGACAUGACCAAUGUGGCCCGGAUCCCCAUGGGGACCCACACGUACAACAUCACUCGGCUCCAUCAGGACACGGAGUACUGGGCUUGCCUCCACGUGGCCUUUGUAGACUUGCAGGCCAAGGUGGCUUGUGUGAAUGCCAGGACUAAAGAGGCUGCCCACCGCUACUGGCUCCUGGAGGGCAGGCAGAGCCUCCUGACAGUGCUGGUCCUCUGCCUCCUCCUUGCCGCCAGCCUCGUAGCUCGCUACGGCAUCGGAGCAGAGCCCAGGAGGGCCGGGGAGCUGCUCCGGGGUGCCACGGCCGUGCGUGUGGUUUAUCCCCCCCUCACCCAGCCCUGGGAUCGGGGGCAGCGCGGGGGGCAGCUCCUGGCUGUGGAGGUGCAAGCAGCCCCCCUGGACUGCUGA